UUGUAGGAGCGCGACUCGGAGCUCCCAGCAGAGACUCCGGGAGCUGCCCGCAUCUCGAGGCGCGCUGCGCAACUCUCACGCAGCCUGCAGCACCUCCUCUUCAUCCUCUUCCUCAUAGCGCAACUCACAGCGCUCCGUCCACACUCACUACUCGCAGUCACCACCUUGCUCCUCCUGCUCAUCCUACCUCUCUUCGUUGCUGCCCGCUGUAGAGGCUUCAGCAACACACGCUUCAUCAUCAUCAUCAUUGCCCCGUGCGCCCACCACCCUCUCACGACGAUCGCUGUGCCAUUAUCUGCUGCAGCCCAUCGCUGUGCCCGCGUGCACCUGGUCAGCUGAGGGCACAGUUGAGUGGGAGUGGACCAGGAGAGGCUUCUUCGGCUCCUGCAUCACUCAAGUCGGCUGGAGCCACACUGAGUUGCCACAAUGAAGCAGGGGCUUCCAGCAGCAGCAGCUGCUGCAACCACCACAGCCGUGGCCAGCGGCAGCGUCUUGUUCCUGCUGCUACUGCUGCGACUCGGGACCCCGGUGACCGGGGCGCCCACGUGCCCUAGCAAUGAGUUCACGGGCGACGGCCGCUGCUGCCAGGAGUGCGGGCCAGGCUGGGGGAUGGCCGAGAGUUGCCGCGGACGCAACAACACGCAGUGCGAGCCCUGUCACGACAGCCUGACCUUCUCGUCGUCGUGGAGUCACACGGACCGUUGCCUGCCGUGCCGCACGUGCCCCGGGGGCACGCGCGUGCGCUCGCCCUGCACGGAGGCGGACGACACGGUGUGCGAGUGCGACGACGGGCUGCACGCACGCGACGCCGACGGCGCGUGCGUGCCCUGCCGCCUGUGCCCGCCGGGCACGGGCGUCGUGUCGCAGUGCUCGCCGGACGGCGACGCCACCUGCGAGCUCUGCCCGCCUGGGUUUUACUCGGAGUGGAGCAGCAACACCGAGCCGUGCAUGCCGUGCGCCAGCUGCUCUGACGACCAGGUGGAGCUCAAGGGGUGCACGCCGAGCGCCGACACCAUCUGCUUCGACAAGAACCCCGGCAUUCCGGACCUGCUGCCGAAAGGUCGCGGCACGAUGUCCCCCCGCGGCCCCGAGCCGGACGAGCUCGACCUCCCCGAGUGGGAUGUUGACGGCGGCGGCGGCGCUGGGACGGCGUGGGCUGCGGGGGCCCCGGGGCCGCGCCUGAGGGAGCCGGAGCGCGAGGAGGAAGGGGGCCCCUUCGGCGUGGCCAACAGCACGCACGGCACACCGGCCAGCAGCCAGGAACCGCUGGGCGGGCAGUCCCGCGACAUCAUCCCCGUCUACUGCUCCAUCAUGGCAGCUGUCGUGGUGGGGCUGGUCGCCUACGUCAUCUUCAAGCGGUGGCACAGCUGUAAGAACGUUCAAGGCAGCAAAGCGCGCGGCGAGUACAGCGCGGCCGCCGACGGCGAGAAGCAGCACCAGGACAGCGGAGUGUUCGUGGACACGCAUGGCGCGCAGCCGCCCACUGCCUCUGGUGGCGGCGGCGGCGCCAGCGGUAGCGAUGGCGGCGGCGGAGAGAGAGGGCGCGUGGGCGAGGCCGGCAAGUGGAACUAUGCGGGGCUGCCGGCGCACACGCGCGACGAGGUGGAGGAGCUGCUUUCUGCCGACGAGGAGGGCGGCGGCGGCUGGCGGGGGCUGGCGGCGGCGCUCGGCUACGAUGCCGACGAGACAGAGGCACUGGCCGGGGAGGAGCGGCCCGCGCAGGCCCUCCUGGUGGCAUGGGCGGCGCUCCCGGGUUCCACGCAGGACACGCUCGUCGAUGCGCUGGGCCGGCUGCAGCGCGGGGACGUCAUCGCCCGCUUGCGCCAGGAGACCACGGCGAUGUCCGUGGUGUGAGCGGCGUCCGGGAGCAGUGUUCAGCUCGUGAUUAGCGUCAGCCCACGGUUGUAUUUUACAGACCACGUUAAAAGGGAGGAGAGGAAGGUGAAUUUAAAAAAAAUUACGUUUCUAAAUUACGUUGUAAUGUUGUUUUCUUUAUUUUUAUUUUAUUUUUCAGACCAAGCUUGGCUGACUAGAUGAAAUAAUUUGGAGGCCCCUGUCCAAUUUUCCCACCUCUUCGAACUCGAGUGGCUGGGCCCCUUUGGCCCAUAGGACCUGGUUCAUUGGCUCCACCAGCACACUUGAUAGAUAUGCCCCUGCACUGAAAGCAAACACCCGCAGUUAGUGUUUUUGUUCAUCAUGCUGGCAGGACAGCAAAAAUGACGUUUCUAAUUACAGAAGUGCAUGGACCUUGAUUUAUCACAUGGGAAGUACACUCAGCUUUGCAAGUCAGCAGCCAGCAAGAAAAUAUUUGCCAUGCUGUUUGGCUCAAAUCAAUAUGUAUCCUACUUGUGAGUAUUUAGCCUACUCACAAUUUUCUGGAGGGGAAAAAAAGUUGAUAAAAUAAAUGACAAGAUAUUGACAUGAGUCUUCACACAUGCAAAUUCCCCCCACCCCACGCCCACUAAUUAGGCAGUGGUACAUGUGGUUGUUUGGUGACAGAUUUUCUACAGUUGCCGCAACACCGUCACAUUGGCAGGAAUCAGUAGUGGGAGAGCUCCCGUCACCACGAAGGAUGAUCAUGUUGCUUCUGUGAAAUGUCCUUUUCUCUGUCGGGUCUUGGAUUUAGCGCAAAGUGUUGAUCUCUUCAAUCGUCAGUCCUCCACAACAGGACUCACCACCUCUCCUUUCCUCAAUCAGAGCGCAAGCAGGGGAGAGACGGCCUCAAUCGACGGUUAGAAUUUAUGCACGCCUUCUUAAAUAGGGGUGGCUUGAGACUCCCUCCAUACGCGGCACAUUAAUGUUAGAUUAUGCGCACAUGUUUGCCUCUCGUUAUAAUGUGUGCUUUUAAUAGUUUUUUUUUUAAUCCUACCGUGGCGUCUGUCUAAUGCAACGGCACUGCACUGCGCAUGACAGCGGACUUGAGUCACAUGUUGGGCCGACUGGAAUGCUACACAACGCCGCUGCCCUGCACUGGAUGUCACCACCAACGAAUCGUUUCACGAAACAUUCCUCGGAAAGUUAAGAGGAACCAGGCUGCCUUGGCCUCGUCUGAAUGCAGCUGCAGGAUGGGGUUUUUUUCGUCCACAUCAAACGAUGGCCAUUCACGGCGGCGCUGUGGAAGCACGCAUCUGAACGGAGUUUGAAAGCAGGGCAUGUGAGAGAUUACGCGCGGAUCUGCCAUAGAGGUCCACACUAUAUUAACGGUAAUAUUCUAAAAUAAGUAACAGUAACUGAGAAGGCAAAUACUGUAGUUUAGAAUACUUUCACAUUUUUCUGUCCGUUGUCCAGCUCCAUGUGUCACCCCCUGCUUCUGACCCCCCCCCCCCCACAUCCCCUCGCGUUAAAUCGUUGCGUUAUCUGAUUCACACUGUGCUACAGACUGCGCGCAGUCGCCUAGCGCGGUCCCGGCUGCUCACUGCGGUCCCGGCUGCUCGCUGCGGUCCCGGCUGCUCGCUGCGGUCCCGUGUGUUCGUGCAUUCCGUGGGCAGUACGCGCGGUGACGUGCACAUGAACGGACCUCACUUUCACCCGGUUGAAAAAAAAUACCAAUUACUCCAGGCAUGAGCCCCCGAAGCACAACUUAUUUAUUAUUUUCAAACAAGGACUGCAGUUGCUUUGAAAAGUAAUGCACUGGUCGGCGUUUGCUGAGUACAGGUUGUGCACUAUUUGCCACGCCUACAUUUUAGGUUUGAACUGGAUUUGAAAAUGGGGGGGGGGGGGUUUGUCCAUCAUUGUGACGUCCCUGUGUGAUAUUUCGGUUCACGCGACCCUGCAUGAACUGAAAUGCGUUCUCUCAAACGCUCGCAGGAAUUCGAGCUGGCAUGGAUUUUGCACUCCCGUGAGGCAGUGCCCCAAAUUAAAUUGCAGAAAUUUGUAUUUCUCAUUGUUUUUUUCUUUUUUGCUAUUAACCAGUUCUUCCCCUCGCCCCCCAAUCAUCGUUGUUUUUUAAUGUGUAAGUGAUUGUUGCUAUAUGCAUAUAGAACACAUCGAACAUUAAAGUGAUCGGUUAAUAUCUCGAUUAUUGAGUUCAAUCAUCGAUUUAUUGAAAGAGCAAACCAUUUACCUGGCAUUUACAUAAAUAGCUAUACAAUUUCCGCACGCGUGGCUCAGAACAUGCGUCUUGGCACAGGAUUCGAUGGCAUUGACGACGCCGUCGAUGUGAUCAUAGUUUUCCGCUCAUUCCCGCUGUGCACUCUGGGCGUGCAGUGCGGUGAGUUUCCAGUAGUUUUAAAUGCAGGCCAGCUGCCCCACCUUUACGAUGCAAUCAACAACAGAUCGAUUUAAUUUUAAACAAUCGAUUUUUCUAAAUAACCCAUGAAUAAUUUCAGCACUGUAACGGAUGCCACAUCUGGUGAUCAACGAGGCAAUAUCCAGUAAACAACAAAGGAGUGCAUGCUUCUUUCUAGCAAAGCGUGGGUGUGUAUUUAAUGUGUGGAUUGUGUCUCCGGCUCACGCAGCCUUGGUGUCACACAAACUUUCACACUGUCUCACAAAGUACUGAAAUAUUAAACUCAGCAGCAGCAAUAGUCCCUGAGAGCACAAUCGAUAGAGGUGAACCAUUGCCGUGGCAUGCAUACGUCAGAUCAACUCCAGUGGUCACGAUCAUGAUGAUGAUGAUCACCAUCGUCAACAUCAUCACGUCAGAUUAACUUUAGUGGUUAAAAAAUAAUGUUAACCAUAAUCCAUGAACUUGCCAAGCCUGACGAUCAACUUGCUGUCUCAUAUGAAGUGCAGCGUUGUAUAUAAUCUGUACACUGUAUAUAAAUCCCCCCCCCCAUUACCUUUUAGAAUGGAGGUGGCUGAAGCUGUUGCUGUUUGGAACGCCAGACGCAAAUGUGUAAACAAGUACUCCCACUGCUUUGUAUAAUUAUUAUUGUUAUCUCAUUGUACUUCAUACAUAACAUUUACAACAGGAGGAAAUGUACCAGAUGCUUUACGAGCCGUGCUCUUCCUUUGACAUUGUACUGAAAUUGCGCCGAAUUUUACCCCUGUACUGACCAGCAAAAUGUAAAUAAAAGUCGCUUCAGUGAUCGCAAA